AUGGCUUAUAACGUAAAUAGUACUAGUUUUUCUGGUGAUAUUAUUGAGUUAUUGAACAAGAGUUUUUCGGAGGGUGAUGUUGCUGUUGAUGGGAUGGAAUUGGACGAAGAUGACAACAUAUCUGUGCGUAGUUGUGAUGUAAAUAAUGCAAAUAUCGAUGGAAAUGAUAUUGAUAUAGUAAAUGGUUUUGUAUCCGAAAAUGACAAAGACGCUGAUGUUCCUCAAGAUGAAUGUAAUGUGGUUCAAGUGGAAAGUAUUAGUGAUGAACAAGUUAGUGAGGACGAUAUUGGGAAUGCCUCAAGUUUUAUUGACUCGGAAAAAGAAAGCCUUCAUAGUUCAACCAAUGAAUCUACAAUGGCGUCCAAAAAGUCAUUUGCAAAGAACUCUAAAAAGCCAUCUAAAAAGAGGUCUACAGAGGCACAACAACCAAAUCUAACUAAAGCUAAACUCCUUCGUAUGAAGUGGGAUAAGGAGUAUGCUUUUGUGACCGACAGUGACAGUGGACCUGUAAGUACUAUUCCUAUUUAUAACUGCAAUUACGGUCGUAAUCUGCCUACAGAAUUUGAUCUCACUUCAAAACCAAUUGAUUUCUUUUCACUUUACUUUCAUAGUAAUCUGAUACAAUUGAUUUGUGAUGAAACCAACCUAUAUGCUCAAAGUUUGCCUAUUCAAAACCAAAGGAAACAAAAGGUUUGGGCUGAUACAACAACCACAGAGAUCCGAGCUCUUCUCGGGGUUGUACUGAAUAUGGGACUUCACCCGUUGCCUGAUAUAAAGGACUACUUUUCAUUGUCCUGGGUAAACAAGAUGCCCUUUUUUUCCGAUGUUUUUACUCGAGAUAGGUUUUUGAUGCUGUUUUGGAGAUUACACUUUAGUCAUGAACAGGGAAGCGCACGUGACCUCAAAAUAAGAAAUAUUGUGAACACAAUUCAAGAGCAAUGUAAACUAUUCUAUACGCCAAGCUCGUAUGUGUCAGUGGAUGAGAGCACUAUUUCAUUCAAGGGCAAGAUUUCAUUCAGAGUUUACAACCCCGACAAGCCUGUAAAAUUUGGGCUAAAAGUGUUUGUUCUUUCUGAUGCUCUGAAUGGGUAUAUUUACAGUUUCAGCCCAUAUUACGGUAAAAGUGAUGGUAACGAGGAUGAGCUUUUGAAAACAACAAAUACUGUUCUACAACUCUGCGAUUCUUUAGUAAAAGAUCCCCUGGACCCUCCAUCUGGUCACCAUGUAUACGUCGACCGUUACUACAAUAGCCCUGAACUGGCUAAAGAGUUGCUGAAGAAAAAUAUGUUUGUUACGGGAACGGUUAUGAAUAAUAGAAAGGAAAUGCCAACACUAAGCAAACCGCUCAAUUGUGGUGAUGUAGAAGCACGAAGAAACAAAGACUUGGGUGUUAUUUAUUGGAAGGACAAAAGAGUGGUAACUAUGCUUACAACCAAACACAAAAUAAGCCGGAAUGAGAUGACAGAGAAGCCCAGCAAGUGGCCAAAUAAACCUCCUGUACUAAAGCCUGAUGUUGUCUUAGAUUACACUAAACACAUGGGUGGAGUUGAUCGUGCUGACCACGUGAUAUCUAGUUAUCAGUUUAUGAGGCGUACUAAAAAAUGGUAUCGCAAACUUUUCUUUUGGCUCCUUGAAGUGUCUACUAUAAACUCUUAUAUUCUAUAUAAAUCCUUGCAAGAAGAGAACAACAGAGUAGCAAUGUCUCACAAACAGUUUAGACUUAGCCUUGUGGAAGAUUUAGUAAGAGACUACGUUCAGGAGACCUGCAAUUUUACAAGAAGACGACCAGGACGACCGAAAAAUGAUAUUCAACGGCUGAACGGAAAACUCCAUGUUAUGGGCAAAUCACCGAAGGGGUCCUUCAGAUGUCAUGUUUGUGCAAAGAACAAAGUUCGUAAGGAAACUGUGUACUUUUGUAAAACAUGUGACGAAAAACCGUACUUACAUCCAGACACAUGUUUUGAGGUGUACCACACUCAAAAAGACUAUUUUUAG